AUGAAAUCAAAUAUUUACUUUACUUUAUUGGUUGUAUUAUCUUUGACGAUGGCUGCUGUAUCGUUGGUACAGUCGGCCAGUCUUGAAGCAGGUACCUAUGCCGGAUCGAUCUAUAAUUGCUCGGUGAAUAGCAGUACCGCCAUCGGUUAUUACUCGUUCUAUGUGGAGCCAAACAAUACUAUCGGAUCGAACGGCGUCAACAAUGGAACGGUCAGUGCCAAUACGACAUUGGUAUUCUCACCGAGCAACUACACAUUGACCAACAAUGCCAUUUCAUCACCGACCAUCGGUUGUUGGACCUACACUGUCUCUAACACCUCCGUUUGGACUAUCUACUUCCCAUUCGACAACAAUGCUACAUGUACUUCGACCUGUACCAAUGUCUAUGCCAACCUUACAUUCACACCAGCACAAACCAAUAGUGACUCAUCGAACAAUACCAACCUACUUUCACCACUAACAGGUCUAAUCUUUACAAUAAUUUUAUUUAUAACAUUAUUACUUUAA